CGGGGGGCUCCGGGGCCGCGGGGGGCUCCGGGGCCGCGGGGGGCUCCGGGGCCGCGGGGGGCUCCUGGCGCUAAGCCGCUCGCCGCCUCCACCUGCGCCGGCCCCGCCCCGCGCCCGCCAUUGGCUGCCGCGGCCUCUGAUCCGCGCACCGGGCCGCCUCCUCCCCCUCCUCCCGCGCUGACCUUCCUCCCCGCAGCCCAGCCCGCAGCCCGCAGAGCCCGGACGCGGCGCAGCCUCCUCCCCCGGGAAGCCGUCCGGGCUGGAGGCCGGCCCCGGGCCCGGGCGCCGUGGUUGUGCUGGGCCUGCCGCCCCAGGGCCCUGCCCGGCCUCAGGGGCCUGCCUGGCUUCAGGGGCCUGCCUGGCUUAUGGGUUCACAUCUCUGUCCCGCCGCCUCCUCAGAGAGCCCUGCCCUCGUCUCCUCCGCAGCGGCCCUGCUGGAUCCCCCCCCCCAGCACGCACGCAUCCGGGUGGCACCGUCUUGCUGCUUUCUGUCAGUAUCCCCCUGCUGCCUGCGGCACCCAGGCCUUGCCCACAGAGUGGACCUGCUCCUCCUGGGAAGCACUGCCUGUCAGCUGCUCUUCUUCCGGGAGCAUUUCCGGGGAAAUACUAGUGAAACACCACCACAGCCCUGCUGGUGUGGCUCAGUGACUGAACAUCAACCCGUGAACCAAGAGGUCACAGACUCGGUUCCCCGUCAGGGCACAUGCCCAGGUUGUGGGCUCGAUCGCCAGUAAGGAGGCGUGCAGGAGGCAGCAGAUCAGUGAUUCUCUCUCAUCAGUGAUGUUUCUAGCUCUCUCUCCCUCUCUCUUCCUCUCUGGAAUCAGUAAAAACAUAUUAAACAACAACAAAACACCACCAUACUUGUGCAUUCACUUCACGGUUUACAAAUACUUCCUGUCUUGGAGUCCCAAGAAGCAGGGCCCAGCACAGGGACCCCGGCAGGUGGUUUACUGCCGGAGUGUGCAGGGGAGGGAGCCAGGGCUCCCCUUAGCGGAGGGAAGGACUGCAGGGGCUGUUGGC